AUGAAGGCAGUGACCUAUGAUGAUGUGCAUGUCAACUUCACUGAGGAAGAGUGGAACUUGCUGGAUCCUUCCCAGAAGAAUCUCUACAAAGAUAUGAUGCUGGAGACCUACAGGAACCUCACUACUAUAGGGUACAUUUGGGAAGAACAUAAUAGUAAAGAACAUUGUCAACGUUCUAGAAGACAUGAAAGGUAA